UUGGGGGUCUGGCACUUGGUAUCUCCCUCUCAGAGAUUGGGGAGGAUGUUAUUGAACUUGUAUUGGCUAUUGUAUAUUUGUAGGGUCUCUGCAGAGCAUUAACCCCCAUAGCUAGUCCCCCCUUCAGAGGCGAAGCUGGAGAAUCCUCUUCCAUUCUCCCUGUCCCACACUGGCCUGGACCUGCCCUGGUGUCAAAGAAAGGGCUGACUAGUUGGCUGCCAUGCUAAUGUUGCUUGCGUUUGGAGUGCUGCUUCAAGAAAUCCUAGCUAAUGCCCAAGAUGAAAAUCUUACUGAAAUCAAAAACAUUCCAGAAGUGCCAUUAUAUAGCUACAAAAGUAUCAAUGUACCAGAAGAGCAUAUUCCAUACUUUCUGCACAACAAUCGGCAUAUUGCCACAGUCUGUAAGCAGGACUCUCAUUGCCCAUAUAAAAAAUACUUGAAGAAUCUAAAAUCCUGCUGGGGCUAUGAGCGAUCCUGCAAGCCAGAAUUCAGGUUUGGUUACCCGGUGUGUGAUUAUGUUGAAACGGGAUGGGCCAAUGACAUUGAGACAGCUCAGCAGAUAUUCUGGAAACAAGCUGACUUUGGUUAUGUUAAAGAGAGGCUGGAUGAAAUGAAAACCCACUGCAAGCCUAUAGCAAAGGGUGAUUCAUCUCUGGCCUGCUCACAGUACCUCCAGCAUUGUAGAGCGACAAACUUGUACAUUGAUUUAAGAACCACAAAGCGAAACCAUGACAGAUUCAAGGAAGACUUUCUCCAGAAAGGAGAGAUCGGAGGUCAUUGUAACUUUGACAGUCAAGCCUUCUUGGCUGAAGGUCAGCGCAAGAGCCCUCUGCAGUCUUGGUUUGCCGAACUCCAGACAUAUACUCCACUAAGCUUCAGACCCAUAGAAGAUGGCAAAUGUGACAUUAUUAUUGAAAAGCCAACUUACUUCAUGAAAUUAGAUGCAGGUGUUAAUAUGUAUCAUCACUUCUGUGACUUUGUCAAUCUUUAUAUCACUCAGCAUAUUAACAAUUCAUUCAGCACAGAUGUCAACAUUGUCAUGUGGGACACUAGCUCGUAUGGCUAUGGUGAUUUGUUCAGUGAGACCUGGAAGGCAUUUACUGACUAUCACAUAAUACACUUGAAAACAUAUGACUCUAAAAGGGUAUGCUUUAAAGAAGCAGUGUUUUCAUUAUUGCCUCGAAUGCGAUAUGGCUUAUUUUACAAUACACCACUGAUCUCUGGCUGUCAUGGUACAGGAUUAUUUAGAGCAUUUUCCCAGCAUGUGUUACACAGAUUAAAUAUCACACAAGAAGGACCCAAGGAUGGAAAAAUUCAUGUCACAAUACUUGAACGCAGUACAAACUACCGGAAAAUAUUGAACCAGAAUGAGCUUGUGAAUGCUUUGAAAACAGUAUCGGCGUUUGAGGUCAAAGUAGUAGAUUACAAGUACAAGGACCUUGAAUUUUCAGAGCAAUUGAAAAUCACACAUAACUCUGAUAUAUUCAUUGGAAUGCAUGGAGCUGGCCUUACCCAUUUACUCUUUCUGCCAGACUGGGCUGUUGUCUUUGAACUAUACAACUGUGAGGAUGAACGCUGCUACCUAGAUUUAGCAAGGCUGCGAGGCAUCCGUUACAUUACCUGGCAAAAAAAGAACAAAGUGUUCCCUCAAGAUCAGGGACACCACCCAACACUGGGAGAACAUCCAAAGUUUACUAACUACUCAUUUGAUGUGGAAGAAUUUAUCAACCUUGUGCUUUUGGCUGCCGAUCAUGUGUCACAACAUUCCAAGUGGCCGUUUAGGGUAAAACAUGAUGAAUUCUAGGCCAAAUUUCAGGUUUAAAGAUGAUUUUAAGCAACAUUUCAUUAAAAUGUGUUAAAAUAGAUAAAAAUCCAUGCUGGUAUAAAACUUACAAACUUCUAGAAGGAAAAAAAUCCCCCUAUUAAAAACACUCCCAUAGCUUUUUACUGUAUUUUCAUAUUCUCUCUUCAGUUCUAAAUUUUAUUCUAGGAGUCUUUUGUUGAUGACUUCUAUUUAUCAAGAUUAUUUUUUGCACUAGUUGUUUGCAUUGCUAAUUCUCACUACUUGACUUUUUUGUAUAAAGAUUUGUCCAUCCAUUUCAUGUUAUAUUUGUCUCAUGUAUGAAUUGUCCUCUUGUAGCAAGCUGUGCCCAAUUGGAGAGAGGAGAGGUGGGUUGUGUGGGGUGUGGAAGGAUUAAUACAGAACUAUUUCUCAAGUUGGUCAUGGUAUGAAUGACGUAUGUAUUGAAGUGUAAUAAGGGAAACAGUUCUCCCGUCCUUCCUCUAGUCUUUGGUCUUGAAGCUUCUAUGCUGCAGUACUGUACGUGCAAAUAAAAUAUCUGGGUUUUUAAGAUAAAAACCUAAACCUUCCAAAGUUAGCAAUAGUUUGUGUUAAUCCUGUGGCUCUCCCGACUCCUCCAAAAAUUACAAUUAUAAAAAGCACCAGCUCUGACAAAGGUCCCUGUUUGGGUUAGGUCAGGUCUUAUGUAAGAAAUCUUUCUUAAUCAUAUAUUGAGGUAGUUCAGAUAAUUCCAGGUAUUUCUAAUUUUGUUCACAAACACAUCUCUUCUGUGGCAGAAAACUUGAUAGUUUAAACAGUAUUAUAUAUACUCUCUUUGAGAAGGUUUAAAGGAAUUGACUGCUUUUUCUGGCAAAAAUGAUAGGAUGAUGUAGGCCUCUCCAACUAAAUUGAGAUAUAACUAAAUCAUGAAAGGAAUAUUGUUGUUCUAGGCAAUAAAAGCCUGAUCCCCAGGGGGACUGACUUCAAUAGGAUCAGGCCCCGUGAAUGGGCGUUUCAAAAGUGCUCUGUUUUGAUCUAGCUCAGCUCCCAUUAAAGUCAGUCGGAGAUUUGCCAUUGACUUCAGCGAAGGCAGAGCUAGGCCCGUGCUGAGUAUGUUCGAAAAUUCCACUCUAAGGGUGAAAUCCUGACCCUGUUGAAUUCAGAGGGAACCCUCUCAUUGACUUCAGUAACGCCAGGAUGAUGUGUAAAAGACUCGUAUAAAUAUCUGAAGAUUGAGUUCAAGAAGACGAAGGGCAGAGUUCCAUGUUAUAUAUACUGUGGAUUUUUGAGAAUGAAUUCCAUGACAUUCCUGCAUUAUAAUGGUACAGUGUCUCAGUUGCCUGAGGCAGAAGAUAUAUUUGUAUGCAAAAGCAAGAACGUAUUACGUUAAGUGUAAACACUUGAGUGGUAUAAUUUUAGAUAUUAUUGACUUCCAUUCUGUAACAAUCAUAGUCAAUUUCACAGAGUGUAGGCAUAUUUACUGUCCUGCCUAUAAUGGUAAAGAUAAAUUACUGUAAGUAUAACUUGCCUAUAGAUCUCUCAUGACCUUAAACAGUGUAUAGGAGAGCUAGAGAUCUAAACCAGAAUGCAUUAAGAUAUUUGGUUCAGUUCUUCGAGCAGGAUAUUGGGGAACUGACAGAUAAAGCUCUUUCACUUUAAAGGAACCGUAUAAGCAAAAUUGCACUUCUUGACAUGAAAAAAAUGCCUUUUAAAAUACAAAUAUCUGAGAAAGAGUUCUUGCAUUUGUGUGUGUUACCUCAUUUUUUUUAAAAAAAGAAAAAUGUAUAAAAGAAAUAUAAGCUAGUAAAUGUGUACUGAGAAUUUAAAAUAUUGUAAGACUAAGAAAAACAUUAACUAUGAAAUGUGCACAGAUAUAUUUGAUAAAGCCAUAAUUUUAUAUAAAAAGCACAAUGCAUUGCAAAACGGAAGAAUCACUAUUUUGCCUGGGCUUGAGGAGGAGGUAUUUCAUGUGUCUAGCUGUCUAUAUAGUGCCUUUUCUUAUUGUGACAAAGGCCAGGUGAUUUGCUGAGCUCUGCCAUGAUUGGCGAAUUUCAAUAUCUGGUUGUGUCUAUACCUAAGUGUUGAAGGGUUGAUUGAUUGUAUACUAAUGUGGUUCUGGGUGAAUUAAUAAAUUGUUGGUUGUCAAGAAUAAGCAAGUGUCCUGAUUUGAGAAACAUUGUUCAAGUUAAAAUUGACCUGAAAAGAACCCAGCUUUAAAAUUAGUAAGUUAAUGUCCUGGACUCAAUUAAAAAAAAAAAAAAAAGGGGGGGGGUAAUCCUAUUAGAUUCCAUUCUAUAUUGACUACAGCACUUACCCAGUUGGCAAAUUCAUAAAAAUUGACCCCCUUUCAUACUUACAUAAUUAUGCCUAGUUUAUUCCUGGAUGGUGCAUGUGCUUGGAUUGACAGGUCCAAGGUCUGACCUUUGAUGAUUGUCAGAGGACAUCCGGGUAUACUGCAUAAAGCCGUAAUCCUGCAAAGGCUUAAGCAUAUGCUUAACUUUAUGCAUUUCAAGUAGUGCCUGUGAUGUCAAUGGGAAUACUCUCAGGGUACAGCUACGCGGCAGCUGGAAAGUGUCAUUCUAGCUUGGGUGACAUGCACCCAUUAAUUCCACUCAAACAAGCACUGAAAAGACAUAGCCAUAAAACCCAAAGGAGGGCAAGGUCUCAAGGAGGAAGGAGCGAUAAAGAGUUUGAAGGCUGUGGAAAGAUCAAAGAGAAUGAGAACAGUAAAGACGCCAAGCCUUAGCUAGGAAGAGAGGAUGUUUGAGGCCUUGAUGAGCAUGUUGCUCUGUGGAUCCAGGAGUGGGAGGAAAGGAGAAGAUGAUGCAGACAUAAAUUGCCCAUGCAAGGCGCUAUUGUGUCAAGAGUAAAAGGGUGCAUGGGUGGAUUUCUGAGGAUAGGAGAAAUUAGAUAAUGUUUGUGCACAGAGGAAAUAGAGCCAGAAGAGAAGGACAAGGUAGGUGCAACUAGGGUGACCAGAUGCUAACUGGAAAAUAUCGGGACCGCCACGGUGGGGGGCACCUUUUUAAUUGUUACACUCACCUGUCCGGGUCUUUGGUGGCACUUCAGCGGAGGGUCCUUCAGUCGCUGACGGUCUUCGGUGGCAUUUCGGCGGCGGGUAAUAAACCUUGCCACCAAAGACAGAAGCACCCGCCGCCGAAGACUGUCAGCGAUUGAAGGACCCUCCGCCAAAUUGCCGCCAAAGACCCAGACGGGUGAGUGUAAAAGAAAACGCCCGAAACAAAAUAUUGGGACAAAUGGCAUCCUGACCGUACUUCAGUCGGGACGCGGGACAAACUCCUAAAAAUCAGGACAGUCCCAAUUUUAUCGGGACAUCUGGUCACCGUAGGUGCAACAGAGAUCAAUCACCAAAUGGGGAAUGAGGUGAAGGGACUGGAAGUGGACAGUAGGUGGCAGACUUCAAAAUUGGUGGUAGAAUAAAGAACAGGGGAGAGUGCCCGGACAAUGGUCAGAAUGGACCUUGUUGCCCUCCCUAAAAAGGUUGCCUACUGUAUUUUGGUAGAAUGCGUUGACAUUUUUCAAAUGUUUUGUAGAAAGUCUUUUUUUUUUUUUUGGUGAUGAAAAUAUACACACCUGUUAAAUUUCAAUUUUCCAUGUUUUUGGAUUAAACAAAACAAAGUAAUAGGUAUUGAUUUUUUCUCUUCUCCCACCCCUUCUUCCUUUUCUCCUCUUUUCAGUGGCAAUCUGGGAGCAGAGUGUGAGGGUGGAGGGAGGAGAGAGGAAAGGGAGGAAGGAAGGGGAGCACAAAUGAGACCCCCUCCCCACAAAUGAAACUUAAUUUUUUUAAAAUGAAAUGUUCAUGAAAAAAAUUAAAAUACAUCUUUUUUUCAAAAUUUGUGGUAUGAAAAUUAUUUUGAAUUUUCUUCCCCCCAGCUCUAUCUUUAGGCAGUAGAAUGAAUAAGAACUGUUUGAGACCAGAAUAUUAUAGACUGGGGUGGGCAAACUUUUUGGCCUGAGGCCACAUCGGCAUUGCGAAACUGUAUAGAGGGCCUAUCCAACUCCCCUUGUCCCCUGGCUGCCCUGACCCCUAUCCACACCCCCACCCCUAACUGCCCCCCGGGAUCACACGCCCUAUCCAACCCCCCCUGCUCCCUGUCCCCUGACCACCACCCCCAAACCUUCGCCCCAUCCAACCAUCCCCUGCUCCCUGUCCCAUGACUGUCCCCCGGGAGCUCCUGCCCAUUGUCCAGCCCGGCCCCCUUACCAUGCUGCUCAGAGCAGCAGGCGCUCACAGCCCUGCCACCUGGCUGGAGCCGCCCGCGCUGCCCGGCAGGAGCGGUGGGACAGAGCGCUGGUGGCGUAGCGGGGGACAGGGGCUAGCCUCCCUGGUCGGCAGCUCAGGGGUCUGGCAGGACGGGUCCGCGGGCUGUAAUUUGCUCACCUCUGUUACAGACAAAUGAUUUAAUGAGUUAUGAGGGUAGUGUGAAAAGUCACCUGUUUUUGAAGUUGAUAUAUGUUCUGCCAUCAUAAUAUUCCAUGAUCUUUUGAGUUCAACCUUAUAUUGCUGUAGAGUGCCAGUGAUCCAGUUUUAAUAUUCUGUGAUCUAGUUUUCCAUUCGUAGAUUCUAUUCAUUUGAUUAUGUUGUGUUCAAACUGUUUUAAUUUUUGAAACCAAGCAUAACUCAAAAUAAUGAAUGUUGUAACAUUUUUGCUUUAAGCAAGUAGGUGGGUUUUUCAGAGGUCUGCAGUAAUCCUGCUGACCUGCACUCAUUAUAAAUCUAUUUUACUUUUGUCCUCAAGCAGACUUUUGAUUUCCAUAUAGUUCCAGAGGAGAGUGCUUGCUUCGGAAUGCACUACAGCACUAGAUGGCACUAGAACGCUUUCAAAUGUCUCGUAUGAUUGUGGCUUUUUAAAUGGAAUCUCAUUAUAAAUGCAAAGAAUUGGCUCAGAGACGAAUACAAUAAAGCUACUCCUAUAGAUGAUGA